AGCGGGUGCUCCCUUCGGAAGACUCGAACUGCUUUGGUUUCAGCCCCGAGCUGCACCAGUAGUACUCUACACUACCUAGCAUAUUGUCGCACGGUACUCUACAUGUGUCGUUGCACGUAGGGUCGGCCUGCGGACGGGCUUUGCAUCCGUCAGGGUCCAUACAAGCCAAAAGGGUGACGUCGAUUGCUCCACUUGAGCCCUUCAGGUUUUCUCGUCCCUUGAUAUUGCGCAUGGCCAUUGUUCAGUUCACUGAGGAAGUCACCACUUUUUGACCGGACAACCAUCAUUCAAGCAAGACUCAAGGUUCUACGAUGACGUUCUCCACAGCCCUGGUUCGCUCAAUUGCUCUCACUGCUCGCCCAGCCCCCCACGCCCACGCAGCCCGGGCAGCGACCGUGGCAGCACCACGAUGGACCCGCAGCCUGGCGACGCGAGCCGACAAUGAUCCCACCCCCGGCAAGGCGAGGUCGGGCGGCAGCGAGCAGACGAUGCCAGAUUCGGGUGCCUCUGAAGACGAAAUCGCAAAUAGCGAUGGCGCAUACGACUCGGGCAAGCCACGACCGGAGGACAGCGCCAACAAGAUUGAGCAUGAGAAAUCCGUCGAUAUGGGCUCAUCAGCCGCGAGUCGAGAGCCAUCAAAGAAUGCGACAGAGGGCAAGCACAACGAGAAGACAUCGAGCGAGACGGGAAGCAACCCCCCCUCGAGCGGUGGAACCGCGUCCAGCCGGAAGGGAUGAAGGCAAUGACUUGCCAGUUGUAACAGUCACCAUCCCUGUACAGCUCCUUUUCCUCUACUCCGUCGCAUCAAUAACGAGAAGCCGUGAAGCCAGCAGCCACUGUAAGCCCAUUAAGA